AUGGACCUGAGUGAAUUCCAAUGUACCAUAUGUAGGGAGUUAAAGCCUAAUCCUCGAGAAACACAAUGCUGUCCCAGAUUUUAUUGUCAAGAAUGCAUCCAAAAUAUAGGAAACAUUUGUCCAAUUUGCAAAGAAAGUACUAGCUUCAAGGAAUGCCCCCAAGUAUCUCGUUUGAUUAAUGCUAAGUUAGGCGAGGAUUUCGAGGGUGAAGUUGUUUUUACCAAUCUCUUGUAUAGGAUUUACAACUAUAUUUUCCGAAGAAAUGAACCAAAUACAACCAGUGAUAAUUUACCCAACGAUAAUUUACCACAUGAUUAUUCCAACGCAGGUGUUUUUAAAAUCAAAAUAAUGAAUCUGCAAGAUAUAAAAUUCGAUAUCUACGUUGAAGAAAGUGACACAGUUGAAAUCCUCAAGCUCAAAGUCCAUCAAAAAGAUGGCACUCGUCCUGAGCAUCAACGAUUAAUUUUCAGAGGCAAACAAUUAGAAAACCAUAAUACCAUUUCAUUUUACAAGAUCAAAAAGGAUUGUACUAUACAUCUUGUAGGUCGCUAUAAUGGCAGUUAA